AUGUCUAUCUGCAUUCUUCCAUUUGCUUCGGAAAAGGCGAUCCUGCCUCGUCUUUUCGAUGACAUCUUCAGCGAGCUCGACGACGUCUUCAAUCAGUUCUACCAAAUUGAACAAAUCGCCUCUCCUCCUCCAAGGAGGGAGGGGAAGAAAAGCCCCAUGGGUCAAGUAUGUAAGGUCAGCGAUGACGGAUCAAAGUUGGCGAUCUCAUUGGACGUGUCGAAAUUCAAGCCAGAUGAGUUGAAAGUGAAUGUCGAUGGCCGAACUCUGACUGUUGAAGGCAAACAAGAAGUGAAGGAAGGCUCGAGUUAUACUUCAAGGUCAUUCCUUCGCCAAUGGACUGUUCCAGAAGGUGUCGACGUCGAGCAGAUCCGAUCCACUCUUACUGAAAAUGGUCACUUGGCCAUUGAAGUGCCGAAGCCCAAACCGGCCAACACCUCCAGGAGCAUUCCGAUCCAGAAAGCGAACGAUCAAUCAGCAGUGAAGAGCAGCUAA